AUGGAGAAGAAUCCUCAAAAUUGCAGCCGUGCUUACUUCACAACUACAGCAUGUUGUGAAGAUGUUCACAACAACUUCUCUGAGACGUAUAACAACACAGUCAACAAGGCAAGAGAGAUGCCUUUAGUGGAGAUGCUUGAGACAAUAAGGAGACUGGCUAUGGUUCGUAUUGAUAUACGGAAGAAGAAAGCGGAGAACCACAAGGGAAAGUAUAGUUUGAAAGUGGCAAAUACUAUUGCUGACGAGUCAUUGCAUAAAAAGAACUGUCGAGCCGUUGCUGGAGCUAAUGGAGUAUUCGACGUGCGCGAGAAUUCCACUGGCUAUAGCGUGCAUAUGAGAAAAAGGACAUGUACCUGUCGAAAGUGGGAUAUGACAGGUAUUCCAUGUCGUCAUGCUCUGCGUGUUAUCAUGCAAAUGAAGUGGAAUGCUGAAGAUUACGUUUCAGAUUGGUACUUGACAACCAAAUGGCGUAACAUAUAUAAUGAUUCCAUCUCACCAGUUACUGGCAUGCGCUUUUGGAACAAAUCUGAUGAAUCUAGGCUCCAACCACCAACAAGACCUGAAACUAAAGGACGCAAGAAGAAGCAAAAGAGGAUCAAAGGCAAAAAUGAAUCACCAAAGAAGAAAUUAAAAUUUGUAGAAUCUCCCAAGAAGAAGGUGAAAGUUGGCAGGGAAGGAAGGACAGUUAGGUGUGGACAUUGUGGGUUAACAGGUCACAAUGCUUUAAAAUGUCCAAACAGUGGUGCAUCAGUUUAUAGGAAGCCAAAAAAGUCCGCUUCUUCUCAGGGGGAAGGACUUAGCCAAGAGUCACAAGUUUAA